AUGGAAGAAGCGCGCGAGCCUUUUUUUCUCCCUCAUGUCAUGCCCCGCUGCCUAAGGCAGAUGACGCAAUCCCCACCAGUAUGUCUGCUUCGGGAUGGGGAUUUUCAAGCGACCCAGAUAUUGAGAGAACAUGGACAAAAGUCAGGCAGUUCUUCGCAUAGCAUUACUCAGGCCAGCAACCUUGCGUCUGGGUUGUCUGACGUUAUCGUCAUUCUCGAGCGCCCUCGCAUUGUCGAGUCACAUUCCCCCAACCAAAGCUUUGAUGACUUUGUGAAUGGCUGUGACACUUUGCAGGUGGUGGACGAGUUACUCCGCUUUGCUAGUCGAGGGACUCGGAACAUUGGUACCGUUACUGUCAUUAAUGCAUUCUCAUUGCAGCCUGAAAAGAAUGCCGAGGCAGACCUCAGGUGUGAAGGAAUGCUUGCACGGUUUCUGCAGGUAAAGAGACCCCAGGUGAUCAUUCAUUGCACAAACUCGGUCUAUAAGAGUUCGUGGAUGAGCAGAUUUAACUUCGGGGGAAAACCUUACAGGAUACGGAGCGAACAAAUCGAAAUUGUUGAGGGGCACACCGCUAUCGUGAUACCCUCUUUUCAUCCGUCCCAUGCAGUCAACUACUUGAAGUACAGACUGGAGCUGCGAGUUUUGCUCAUGUAUCACUUCGCCUUGGCCUUCCAUUCAUUAGGCGAUAGAACGGCUAUCCCGUGUUGCGCAAAAGAAUUACAGGAUCUAUGCCUCUACAAGGGUGAAAGAAAAGAAGACAAAUGCCCCAUCAGCGACUGGGACCUCGCAUCAUGCAUAUCAGAUAAAGUCAACAAAUCUUAUCUGGAUUGUGGAAAAGACGUCGUGCCACUCUCAAUGGGCGUCUUUGCCGACGAAGAUCUUUCGGACAAAAUCAACAGGGAAUCCGACACCUUCGAUUCCAUGAGUUUCUGGCUUUCCCUCCUUCUCGAGAAGCCGCAGAAAUUUGAACUUUUUGGAAUUGCAUCUGCCAGCUUCCUUUUGAAGAGGGCGAAUACCAAUUUGAACCCCGUCUAUUCGCGAAUCUCCUCGGCGUUGCUUGACCUGGUAACAGAUCGGGAUCAUUGGUUCUUCAAAGCAGAAGACAUAGAUGUGGCUGAUCUAGAAGAGAAGUUUUCAGCAGUUUCCCUCCAUGUUGACCCCCAAAUAUUCCAUGUCAUCGAUGCAAACCGCAAAGCCUGCGUUUCCGUUGAGAAGACUUUAGGUCUUGUUGAGCGCGGCCAAGUUAUUGAUUUUACCGUUAAAACACCUCCUCACUACGGUGCGGUUGUUUUGCAAAAUGUUCUCCUGGCUAAAUAUCUGGCUAGUUCGCCAAGAAUUACUAUUUCUACAGCGUUGCGCAUGGAAGCACUGUCAAAACGUUGUUCGGUCAUCAAUGAAACGUCGCGGAAGCACAGUGAAGUGGAGGGGCAGCUCCCAGAUACCGAAAUAAUUUUUCACGUCAAACGUUUGUUAGAAUGUCUCAGAAAGUUGCGAAUGGAGCUUGAAGCUAUUCUUGAAUAG